AUGUCAUCAAUUGAUUUAUUUUAUGCUGAUACAGAAGCUCCAAUUGUUUUAUUAUCAGCAUCUAAACAUUUUAAUCAAUUAAGUUCAACAAAUUUAAAAAAAUAUGCUCAUUAUUUAUCAAGAGCUUCAUAUAAUGGUUCAAAAGCUAUAUUAGAUUCUGUUUCAAAAGAAAGUCCCGAAAUUUUUGAAUUAAUAAUGUUAAUUCAUGAAAAGUUGGAAAAACCAAAAACAAAUCAAGAAUAUUUAGAUAAAAUUAAAUCUAAAUCAAUUGAUGAUCAAGAUCUAAUUUAUUAUUUAGAAUAUGCUUGUCAAUUUUUAGAUAAUAUGGGAAAUUAUAAAUCAUUUGGUGAUAGAAAAUUUAUACCUAGAAUUUCAAAAGAAAAAUUUAGAACUUUUGUUGAUCUGUUAAGCAGUGAUAAAAUUUCAAAAUUAUAUUUUAAAAUUGAAGAUUCAAUUUAUGAUACAUCUAAGGGUUUACUAGGAUUUCCUGAAAAUGGAUUUCUGACAAAUUAUUAUCCAAAUUCUGAAAAUAUAACAAAAGAUGAAAUACAAAUUGUUGAUAAUGUAUUAGCAUCAAAUGAAAUUAUGCCUGAAAAUACAAGAAUUAUUAAAAAUGAUAAUGGUUCUUUUACUGUCUUAAUAUCAUCUGCUGAUUCAAAAAAUAUAUAUGAACAUUUAAAUUUAAAAACACCACAAGGACAACCAAUAAAUUUCCAAUUUGGUGAUCAUUCAAAACAAUUUUCAAAAAUUGUUGAAAAUUUAACAAAAGCAUUACCAUAUACAUCAAAUUCAACUCAACAAAAAUUAAUUGAAUUAUAUAUAGAAUCUUUUAAAACUGGUUCAAUGAAAGCUCAUAAAUUAUCACAAAUUGAAUGGAUUAAAGAUUUUAAACCAGAAGUUGAAUCAAAUAUUGGAUUUAUUGAAACUUAUAGAGAUCCAGCUGGUGUAAGAGGUGAAUGGGAAGGAUUAGUUGCAAUGGUUAAUCAUGAAAGAACUAAAAAUUUAACAAAAUUAGUUGAAAAAGCUAAUAAUUUUAUAAUACAAUUACCUUGGGAUUCAAUAUAUGGUAAAACUGAAAAUUUUUCACCACCUGAUUUUACAAGUUUAGAAGUUUUAACCUUUUCUGGAUCUGGUGUUCCGGCGGGGAUAAAUAUUCCAAAUUAUGAUGAUGUUAGAUUAAAUUAUGGUUUUAAAAAUGUUAGUUUAGGAAAUGUAUUAACUGCUAACCCCAAAAACCCAAAAAAGGAAGAAAUUAUAACAUUCCUUGAUGAAAAAGAUAAAUUAAAAUUUAAAAAAUGGAGAGAUUAUUCAUUUGAAGUUCAAGUUGCAGCACAUGAAUUAAUUGGUCAUGGUUUAAAUAAAUUAUUCAAAGAAAUUGAACCAGGUAAAUUUAAUUUUGAUAAAUCUGACUCUAGAAUUAAAUCAUGGUAUAAACAAAAUCAAACUUGGAGUUCAUUAUUUGGAGAAUAUGCUGGAUCAUAUGAAGAAUGUAGAGCUGAAUUAAUUGCAUUAUUUUUAAUUAUAAAAGAUCCGGUAAAUUUAUUACCAAUAUUUGAUAUCACCAAGGAACAAGAUCAAAAAGAUGUUGUUUAUAUAGCUACAUUAUCAAUGAUAAGAGCUGGAUUAAUUGGAUUAGAAUUUUGGGACCCUCAAGCUAAAAAAUGGGGUCAAGCUCAUAUGCAAGGUAGAUUUGCAAUAAUGAAACAAUUACAUAAAUUUGGAGUAUUUGAUUUUGAAUAUACAGAAUCAAAUUAUUCAGAUUUAAAAAUUAAAAUUAAUGAAUCUAAACUUUAUGAUGGUACUGCUAUUCAAGCAUUAAGUGAAUUUUUAUCAGAUUUACAUAUUUUUAAAGUUAGUGCAAAUAAACAAGAAGGAUUAAAAUUUUAUUUAGAAAAAUCUAAUGUUGAUGAAGAAUAUGGGAAAUUUAGAGAUAUUGUUUUAAAAGAAAAAAGACCAAGAAAGAAAUUAAUUCAAGCUAAUACUUUCUUGAAAGAUGAUGAUUCAAUUGAAUUAAUUGAAUAUGAUGAAAGUGAAGCAGAAAUAGCUAAACUCAAAAAAAGGGAAAUUAAACAAGAAGAAAAAGAACAAAUUUCAAAACAAGAUAAUAAAAAAUUUAAAGAUAAUUUAAAAACAAUAUUAAGAAUUUUAAAAUUAGGUAAAUCAGAUUGGAAAUUAUUUUUAUUAGCUAUUGGAUUUAUAUUAUGUGCUGUAUUAUAUCCCACCACGGCUGUUAAAUUAGUUGGUGCAUUAUUAGAUUCUUUUAGUAAUGGAAACAUUAACUCAGAUGGACAAUUAAUGGUAUGGGGAUAUCCAAGUUCAACAAUUUUCGCAGUUAUGGUACCAUUUAUGUGUUUAUCAGCCGUUUGUUUUUGGGCAAGGAUAUGGGUAUUAAAAUUAUUAGGUGAAAGAUUAGUUGCAAGAUUAAGAUCAAAAGUAAUGAAAAAUUUAUUAAGACAUGAUUCAAAAUUUUAUGAUAAUGAUAAAAAUAAAGUUGGAGAUUUAAUAAGUAGAUUAUCAAGUGAUGCUUAUGUUGUUAGUAAAUCAAUAACAAGUAAUUUACCUGAUGGUUUAAAAAAUUUAUUAUUUGGUAUAAUAAGUUCUUAUAUGAUGUAUUCAAUAAAUCCAAUGUUAUUUGGUAUAAUGUUAUUAAUUUCUCCUCCAAUUACUAUAGGAUCUGUAUGGUAUGGUGAAAAAAUUAGAAAAUUAUCAACAAAAUUACAAAAUGCUACAGCUGGAUUAACAAAAGUAAGUGAAGAAACUUUAAAUUCUGUUAAAUUAGUUAAUUCUUUUACUGGUGAACAAAAAGAAAUGAUGAAAUAUAGUGAUAAAUUAAGACAAGUUGUAAAAGUUGCAAAAGAAGAAGCUUUAGCUCAAUCAAAUUAUUCUGUUAGUAUAUAUACUUUAUACCAUGCUGGUUAUUUAUCAUGUGUUGCUAUUGGUAUAUGGUUAAUGAUGAAACACCAAAUGACUGCAGGAGAUGUUGUUGCUUUUACAAUGUAUCUGGAAUUUUUUAAUUCUGCAUUAUAUAGUUUAACAACAACUUAUUUAGAAUUAAUGAAGGGAGCAGGAGCAGGAGUUAGAUUAUUUGAUUUAAUUGAUUAUAAAAAUGAUGUUAAUCCUAUAUUAGGUGAUCAUAAAAAUCAAAAAUCUUUGCUAAAAAAUGAAGUUGAAUUCAAAAAUGUUACUUUUAGUUAUCCAACAAGACCAAAUGAUAAAAUUUUUAAUGAUUGUUCAUUUAUAAUCAGACCAUCUUCAUCAACUUGUAUAGUUGCACCAUCAGGAGCUGGAAAAUCAACAGUUGCUUCAUUAUUAUUAAGAUCUUAUAAUAUUCAACUGGGUGAAAUAUUAAUUGGUGGGAAAAAUAUUGCAGAUAUUCAACCUCGUGAAUUAAGAAGACAUAUUAUAGGAAUUGUUCAACAAGAACCUGUUUUAUUAAGUGGGUCCAUAUUAGAAAAUAUUGUUUAUGGAUUAACUUCAAAACAAAUUAAAAAUUUAACAAUGGAUGAUAUUAUUGAAGUUUGUAAACAAGCAAAUUGUUAUGAUUUUAUUGAAUCAUUUCCAGAUAAAUAUGAUACAAUUAUUGGAAGUAGAGGAGCUUCAAUAUCAGGUGGUCAAAAACAAAGAAUUGCAAUAGCAAGAGCAUUAAUUAAAAAACCUUCAAUAUUAAUUUUAGAUGAAGCAACAUCAGCAUUAGAUUCAUUUAGUGAAUCAUUAAUCAAUGAAACAUUAAAAGAUUUAACAACUCAAGGUAAAAUGACAAUAAUAUCAAUUGCACAUAGAUUAUCAACAAUUUCAAAAUCAGAAUUUAUAGUAGUAUUAGGUAAAAAUGGUAAAGUUGUAGAACAAGGGAAAUUUAUUGAUUUAUUUAGUGAUCCACAAAGUGAAUUAUCAAAAUUAUUAGAUGAAUCAAUAACAAAACAAGAAGAAGAAAAAAUAAAUGAAGAUGAAAUUGAAUCAAUUGAUCAAGAAAAUUAUAAAGCUUCACAAAUUGAAAAAAAUCAAAAAGAUUUUAAAGAAUUUGAAUUACAAAAUUUACAGGAUUUACAACUGUUAUUCAAUAAUUUACCUGAAAAUUUUAGAGAUAAAUUAAUUGAAGAAAUUACUUUAGAUACAAAAAAGAAAAUUGAAAAUUUUGAAUUAACAAUGAAUGAAAAUUUUAAAAGAUAA